GUGGUUUGUUCUGCUCGCACUUCCUUGUUCAAAAGUUUUGUUUAGGUGAGGGCUUUAGCAACCGGUCACCGGUUUUUGGGUGAUUUUCAUGCCGUUAUUUUGUAAAUAUUAAGCGCAUGGAUCACACUUGUUGUAUGAUUUGGUAACAACAACAGCGCGCAGCUACUGCAGUUUCUUCACAUGGCUGGAACCACCAGAGGUUGGCUAACGUUGCUCUGAGAGGGACCGUAGAGAGGAAGAUGUCCACGGCUAACAUUAGCGAGGACAUCCGAGUGCAGUUUCCCCUGCACUCCGCGGUGUGGGAGAACGAUUACAGGAAACUAGAAAACGAGAUCACGACGACACAGAAUGAUAUUGAGGCAGUGGAUCCCAGAGGUCGGACAGCUCUGCACUUGGCUGUGUCACUCGGGCACCUAGAGUCGGUGAGAGUCCUUCUGAGACAUGGCGGUCAAGUCACUACGGAAAAUGCCAAUAACUGGACAGUACUGCAGGAGGCUGUCAGCACUGGCGACCCAGAGAUGGUUCAGUUAGUACUUCAACGCAGAGACUACCUCAAAGCCUCCACUGCUCUGGGAGGAGUGCCUGAGCUGCUGUCAAAGAUCAGAGAGUCUCCAGACUUCUAUAUGGAAAUGAAGUGGGAAUUCACCAGUUGGAUCCCUCUUCUGUCCCGGGUUUGUCCAAGUGAUGUUUGUCGCAUCUGGAAAAGUGGCGCCAGCCUGCGAGUGGAUGCCACUCUGCUUGGCUUUGAAAACAUGACCUGGAUCCGAGGACGCAGAAGCUACAUUUUCAGAGGAGACGAUUCACAUGCAGAGCUGAUGGAGGUGAACCAUGACGAUAAAAUAGUGGAAACUGAGCGCUUCAACAUCUCCCAAGAAAUGGAGGAGGUCACACUGGAGUCCAUGCAACCAGCUGAAAGAGACGUUGCCAAAAGGUUGACAACAUCAAUUGUCAACACCUACUUGGACACCAAGGACAUUGCAUUUGUCAGGAACAAGUCUGGGGUCUGGGGCUGGAGAAGUGACAGAUGUGAAAUGGUCAACGGAUUCGAAGCAAAGGUUUUCAGUGUGAACAAUGUAAACGUGGUGAUCAGGACAAGGACAGAGCAUCUUACAGACGAAGAGAAAGCCAGGAUAAAAAGUGAGAGGAACAUCCUGGAGUCUUUGCUGGGGACUGUGGAGCAGCACAUUAAUGCACAGGGGGACCUCACGCUUGAGUACGCAACUGCCACCAAUCCCACUGCCAUCACCCCGGAGGAAUACUUUGAUCCUGACUUUGACCUCGGGAACAGGGACAUUGGCCGACCCAUUGAACUGAGCAUUCGAACACAGAAAUUCAAAGGUACAUUGUGGAUGAGUGAGGAACAUCCCUUGUCCCUGGUGGAGCAGGUCACCCCCAUCAUUGACCUCAUGGCGCGAACAAGUUCCCAUUUUGCACGGUUACGAGACUUUGUAACCCUAAAGUUUCCUCCCGGAUUCCCUGUAAAAAUAGAAAUUCCCCUGUUUCAUGUACUGAAUGCCAAGAUUACAUUUGGUAAUGUAAAUGAAUGCAGUACUGCAGAAGAAGCAAGCACAACACCAGCAGCCACGCCAACAUCCUCAGGGGAAGAUGAAGAAGCUGCAGCACUGCCGCCUUUCAAGGUGUGUCCCUCAGUGUUUGUGGUGCCCGUCAGUUACCACCGUCGAGGGGGCAGCCGCCACACACCCGUGACGAACAAUGACGAGGAGCUUUUGCAGUAUGCCAUCCAUCAGAGUAUCCUGGAGUCUCACCAAGUCCCCGACCAGGAGGAGACGUGGGACGAUGUAAAUGGAGAAUUCGCCGAUGAAAUCCCAAGAAGCCAGAGUGACAGGAGUAUCCCAGAGGGGGUGCUAGUGGAUUAUGGCGACACAUCUAGUCCGACCAGCUCCGUCUCCGUCUCCGUCUCCAGCCCCGACUCGGACCUCCGCCUGGCCAUGGAGCUCUCUGCACAAACUCAGGAGGAAGAGGAGAAAAUGAGGAAGCAGGAGGAAGAGGAGCUGGAGAGGAUAUUGCAGUUAUCGCUCACUGAGAAGUAAAAGGAAUAAGAGGGAAUGAUGAUGAUAAUAAUAAUAAUAAUAAUGAUGAUAGUAACACAACUUUUUCAGAUCCAGAAACAAACACCACACCUCAGUUUUCCUUCCUAACCACUGACUAUGCAACGGCAGAUUACUUUCUGUAACAGUUCCUUCUUGCACAUGCAAUAACUCUCAGUAUCCAAGGUUUUCUAAGAGGUCGUUUUUUUGGUAAGCGCAUAUUCCUUUUUAUAUUUCUAUAUCAGCAUUGUCUCUUUGCUUAAGCGCCAUUUUUGGACAUUGAUAAUUAUACGUGGGUUCCACUUUUAAUUUAUUUGUUUUCUUUUCCAUUUUAAAAUAAUUGCAGGACUGUUUUGAUCGUAUUUUUAUCCGGAGUACGGUCAACACAAAUGAUUAAGGUCAUGGUGACUUCAUAAAGUGUUGCCGCGCAGACGUGGCGCUAUUAUUUCUUUUCUUGGUACCUACUGUGGACAUAAAGGGACAGAUUUAAGUGUUUUCCUCGGAAGGUCUCUCUGCAGAGUUGCUUAUCAUGGGCUUACUGAAUAACUAGAAAUCUCAGGGUUCUAAUUUUACACUUUCCCCCAUCAUGUCUGAAAGUGUGGGUCGUUAAUCACUUCUGAAGAACUUUUGGAAUUUGUUGCCUGGUAAAUGUUUCUGUGGUGAAAAAUGGUGUUUUUCCUCAAAUACCACUCUGUGCCAUAUACCAAUAUUCAUUUAGGAAACUCUGUUUAUUGAGCCACAAGUUAAGAAGUAAAUACACAGUUGUUUUUUGUACACUCUGCAGAUGGAUAAACAAAAGCAUGAGAAAAACCUGAUGCAUAGAAGUGACAUAAUACCUUUGCUGCAACAAACUAACUUUCCUUUUUUGUUUUUGUGGUGUGAGAGGACACAUUUGUCGUCACUGUCCAUAGAAAGCAACCUCGAGCGUUAUCACCUCAGUUCCAAAUGCAAUAGCAGAGACCAGUCUGUCUGUCUGUCUGUCUGUCUGUCUGUGGAUUCACAGCCGUCUGCCUGUUGCAGUCAUGAACAACUUCAGAGCAGAAGAAGGUUCAAAGGUCAGACACAUGUGCGUCUAGUUUCUUUGCUGUGGUGAUUCUCGGUGCGGGUGAGGCGUGGUAACAGUUUUUUUACGUGGUGCCUCUGAGACUUAACUUUCUAAACCGUCUUUUUAUUUUGUUUGAGGUUUUGUAACUUUAAAAACAGGAUGGAAACAUGUUGCUGAGUAACAAACAUUAACCACUAUACGUACUGACAGAAAGCCACUCAUAAAUAAUCACAAGAAAAGGAUGUGAACUCUUUGGAACGACCUCAAUUUCUGUCCCAUUUUCACAAAAACCCGACCUGAUCUUCAUCUUAGUUACGUUAUAGUCAAACUUAAGUGUUCUUAAGCCAAUAACACACAGUUACAUUCUGACUUCAAAUGUUUUCUGUAGCUUUAGAUCAAGCGUCGACAACUCAGGAGAAAGUUUUGCCUUUUCUUCUCACAGAACUGCUUCAUAUCAGAUGUUUUCUUAAGAUUUCUGUGUUGUACAGCUCUUAUUUCUCUUCUCAGUUGAUCUCUGGACUCUGACAUCCUUGUUUGACUUUGUGUAUUUGAUUCAUUUUCAAUAGUUAGAGUCUUUCCUGUUGUAAUACUGCGACUGAGCUUCAGCUGAAGAGCCACCCUGGUGUCAUCCUCUGUGAUUCCUCCAUAAACCCUGAGAAUCACUUUCUUAUUUGAUGAUGAUCCAGGUGUCGGCGGCAUCGAAGCAGUCUGAACUCACAACGCUCUCUCCACUUGACAUGACUGUUGGGUUGAUGUCUUCCAUUGUGUUACAUGCAGCUGUGUUUUUUGUGUGAUAGACAUACAAAUCCUUUAAGCAUUUGCCUGUAGCUCUGAGGUCAUUUCUGUCGUUCGGGUACCUUGGUGCCUCUUCUCCGGAGAGUAGCCACUGAAUCAAAAUCAAGCAUAAAAUCACUAAAUCAUGUCCAUUAGAGACUUUUAUUGAUUCCAAAGGGUUCACCCACUUUUCCGCACCUCUUUUUAAACGUCCGGCUGCGUCUGACUUUCAGCGGCUGCAGCUGGAAACUACUAUUUAUAAUGAUGGACUUGCCAAACUGCUGAACAGUUGCCUAAAAACACUUGCUUUGGUUAAUUCAAUCCAGAUCUUUGUAAUGCAGUGCUCAUGCUGCAGGUUUUUUUAACAUGUUAAGAUUUUAGGAAAAUGUGUUUUUGAAUUGUUUUUAAAAAAUAAAGCACUUUAUUUCCAUGA